AUGACGGCACCUAAACGAAGACGGGCUCAGCACUCAUUGCAUUUUGAUGCAAUGAAGACUGAUGUCAUGAAGACUGAUGUCAUGAAGACUGAUGUCAUGAAGACUGAUGUCAUGAAGACUGAUGUCAUGAAGACUGAUGUCAUGAAGACUGAUGUCAUGAAGACUGAUGUUAUGAAGACUGACGUCUGCUUUAGUCAUUCGAGGAGUCAAGUACCUGCAUCGCAAUUUGGCUCGUAG